CCAGUAGCUAGCAAGCUAGGGAGGAAGACACUGGUCUUGAGCGAGCUAGUGGUCGGCCAUGGAGUACGGCUCAAGGAGGCUCUCGUGCUGGUGCUGCUGCGUCGUGGUGGCCGCCGUGCUGCUCCUAUCGUCGCCGCACACGCUCGUCGCGGCGGCCGGCGCAGCGCCGCGGCGGCUGCUCCAGAUCAGCGAGGCGCAGCAGUUCGUGGUGCCGCAGACGCACCUCCGGGCGAUCUACGGCCUGCGUCCGCUCAAGUGGAGCAGCGACCUGGCGGAGAAGGCGACGCAGUGGGCGGACCAGUACAAGGGCGACUGCGGCGCGGCGGCGGCGGCCGGCGGCGUGAACGUGUUCCGCGGCUACGGCGGCGAGGCCUGGCAGCCGAGCGACGCGGUGGCGGCGUGGGCGGAGGAGGCGCAGCACUACGACUACGGCGCCAACGCGUGCGCCGCCGGGAAGGAGUGCGGCCGCUACAAGCAGAUGAUGUGGCGCGACAGCACGCAGGUCGGCUGCGCCAGCGUCCCCUGCGCCUCCGGCGAGACGCUCAUGGCGUGCCACUACGAGCCGCAGGGCAACAUCAUGGGACAGAAGCCGUUCUGAACUUGAUCGUAAUUAGGAACGGUCUUCUAAACGCUAAUACGCCUCUUGCCAUUUCUUGAUCCCAUAAUCCAUCUAUCUAUGGUUAUUAGUUGGGGCUUGAAUUAGAUUGAUGAUGAUGAUGAUGCUAUUGCUGCGUACAGGAUCAAAUAAUUCUCUCAAAUAGCAUCAUUCGUCAGCUCUUUAGUUACUUUUGUUUGGUUCUUCAUUCUGCACGACGCAGUAUAUCAUGUUAGUAU